AUGAGGGUUCUAAUGAGUGGAAGAGGGGUGGAGAAUAUGACACAAGUGAAUGAUUUCAUCCUCUUGGGUCUGACCAAUGUCUGGUGGCUGCAGAAAUUCCUCUUUGCUCUCUUCCUUAUAAUGUAUGCGGCCAGCUUGCUGGGGAAUGGUGCCAUCAUGGCUGUGUUGAUAGCUGAGACCAAACUUCACACCCCCAUGUACUUCUUCUUGGGCAAUCUAUCCUGCCUGGACAUCUUCUAUUCCACAGUCACUGUUCCCAAGAUGCUAGCUAGCUUCAGUUCAGGACACCAAGCCAUCUCGUUGACAGGCUGUCUGGCCCAGGUCCACUUCUUCCACUUUUUGGGCAGCAGUGAAGCUAUGCUGCUAGGCGUUAUGGCCUAUGACCGGUAUGUGGCUAUCUGCAACCCACUGAGGUAUACAGUGGUCAUGAGUAAGCAGGUCUGCCUACUCCUGGCAGUGACCACCUGGAGCGCUGGCUUCCUGCAUGCCCUGAUGCACUCAGUCAUGACCUCUCAACUACACUUCUGUGGUCCCCACCAUGUCCACCACUUCUUCUGCGACAUCAAACCCCUGCUGAGUUUGGCCUGCAGCAGCACCCACCUCAACCUCAUUCUACUCAAUAUUGUUACAGGGAGUAUUGCACUGGGUUCUUGUAUGCUCACCCUCCUCUCCUACCUCUAUAUCGUCAUCUUCCUCCUCCUGAAAGUGCACUCAUGGGAAAGCAGGAGCAAGGCUUUUUCCACCUGUGCAUCCCACCUCAUGGUGGUGUCUCUAUUCUAUAUUCCAGUGCUUCGCAACUACAUGCUUGCUUCCUCUGGGGCAUCCUAUGAAAGAGAUAUGAUUCCUACCCUCAUGUACAGUGUUGUUACCCCAGUGCUGAACCCUGUGAUCUACACCUUGAGAAACCAGGAAGUAAAGAGAUCCUUGAGGAUAUUUCUAAACCAGAAACUACUCCCUGAAAAGAUGUGA